AUGGUGAAUCUAGGACCAUAUAUCACCCGAAACAACUACGGCCGGACCGAAUAUGAAUGUGCCUACUGUUACAAAACCACAACAUCUCUCACUGCCCUGGCCCAGCACUGUCGUGACUCCGCUGCCCAUUCCUGGUGCUGCCGUUGCGAAAGGGUAUUCCCACAUGCAAGGGCGCUGAAUGACCAUCUGAAGUAUUCAUCUUCGCAUAACGUCUGCGAGAGAGAUUAUUGUGACGAGGAUUUUGCAACAUACGAUGAAUGGGCAAGGCAUAAUGUGGAUCACCAUAACUGGUGCCGACCUUGCAACUGGUUUGCGCGCGAUCAGUAUGCGCUCACACUGCAUGAUAUCAACCAGCAUUUCAUGUGUGCAAAGUGUGGCAGCUAUUUCCAGAACGACAACAAUCGGCGGAUGCAUAUGAUCACACACCAGGAGCGAGACCGAGAAUGUUACGGAUGCACCAGAAUGUUUUCAUCCUUUUCUUCCAUGCUAAUCCAUCUCGAAUCCGGAACGUGUUUCACAGACAGAGGGCAGCUGAAUUACGUAGCCACCGAGUAUAUGGACAGCGACGAAUAUUUCAGAGGGUUUGACACAAUGAACCCAUUCUUUUGCCCAGCCUGCCAAACUGGGUUUAAUCGCCUCUCCUCGCUCUACCAGCAUGUCGAGAUGCGCCCGGACUGUGUUCACUUACUUUGUUACGGCGAGUGUCUUGAAGGACUGGAAUCCCACCUCCAAGCUGAGUUGUAA